AUGGAAAUUAGGCGGGAGAGGCUUGACCCUUAUUUGAGACGUACCGGUUUUUAUCAUGCCUCUUUGAUCAAGCGCUUCGAGUACGACAAUCCACUUAUUAGUGCCUUUGUGGAACGGUGGCGUCCGGAGACGCAUACGUUUCAUCUGCCUUGGGGUGAGAGUACCAUAACUCUAGAGGAUGUAGCCAUGCAGCUAGGUUUACCUGUUGAUGGUGAACCUGUUAGUGGUACGUUGAGGUCAUGGAGUAAGUUUCAUCAGAGAGAUAUUUGGGAAUGGUGUCAUGAACUUCUAGGUGAGGUUCCCCCUGGCCACGUAGGAACAACGAAGUACAACAUCAAGUUGAAGUGGCUCAGAACUCGUCUUCAGCAGAUGCCGCUUGACUUAGAUGAUAAUGGUCUCAUGCAGUAUGCACGUUCAUACAUACUUUACUUGUUGGGAGGCGUGCUUCUCCCUGACAAGGCCAACAACACAGUCCAUGUUCGAUAUCUGCCUUUAUUGGCUGACUUUGAUGCCAUAAGUACGUACAGUUGGGGUAGUGCCGUCCUCUGUUGGUUAUAUCGUUCUAUGUGCCUCGCAACAGAUUACAGUGUUGAGGGAAUGGCCGGGUGUCAUACCUUGCUCAUGUCGUGGAUAUACUAUAGAUUACCGUUCUGGGCCCCGGAUGUAACAACAGCGUUCAGUUUUCCUUUAGCCACGAGGUGGGCAGGGAAAAAAAGAAAGAAUGACUAUGCUGAGCAGCGCCUACUUAGGCACCGUCUGCGCUUGGAUAAUCCGCAAGUCGACGAGUUUCUUUGGCAACCUUACAUGGACCCCCAGAUUCUGUCUAGAGUUCCCGCAGAAUUCCUCGGCCACCCUCAUGGAGAUUUCUAUAGUGCCGUUGUGCCUCUAAUAUUUUUCAGGUGGAUUGAGAUCCUAAAUGUUGACCGUGUGCUGAGACAGUUUGGGGGAAAGCAAGGACCUCCGAACCCACCGCUUAAUAUUGAUACGUUCCAUCGUCAAUCAGCCCGUAAUGAUGACGGUUGGUGGCCGGUUCGACUAUCCGAAUGGUGGUACUCUGAGAGAACCAGGAGGUUUCUGUCCGCCCCUGAUGCAUUGCAUGACCCGCGGGGUGACGUUGUCCCCGCAGAUGCGCCGGCAGAGUACGAAAGAGGCCCUGUGAUUAAUUUGCCUCCCGUUCCCUGA